AUGGAAUCGAUCGAUUUCACGUAUCCUCUCUACCUUCAUCCGUCGGAUAUGCCUGGGACUGUAUUGGUUUCGCAUCAGCUAACGGGAAUUGAGAAUUACAAUCUCUGGAGCCACUCGAUUCAAAUCGCGUUGCUAGCAAAGAACAUGUUAGGGUUCAUCGACGGUGAUUGUGCUAGGGAUGAUUUCGUUGAACUCUUGCAAUCACAGUGGGAUCGAUUGUUUGCUUCCACUGCAGCACUUGUUUGGAAAGAUCUGAAGGAACGCUUCAGCAAGAUUGAUGGAUCACAAAUCUUCUUACAUCAAGAGAUUCCUCUCUUUACUCAAUGUGAUUCAUCCGUUUCCACCUAUUAUUCACGCUUGAAGUUACUUUGGGAUGAGUACAGUGCAUUGAUUCUUGUAUCUUCCUGUAAUUGCAUUGAUUCUUCGCAAGCCUUGAAUCAUGUUCUUCAACAACGAUUAUUUCAGUUUUUAAUGGAACUGAAUGAGAUAUAUUCUGCGAUUCGGAACCAAAUUCUUCUUCUAGAUCCGCUCCAUUUGUUUAAUUGGGCGUAUUCGAUAGUGGUUCAGGAUGAGUCACAGAGAUAUCUGCCUUCAAGCGUUUCACGUCUUUCUGAUGCGACAGUGAUGUACUCCAAUUCUUCUAAUCCUCUUCGUGGCAGGUUUAAUGGAGUCUGUGAUUUUUGUAAAAUUUAUGGCCAUAAAUGUGAGCAGUGUUAUAGGCUCAAUGGCUUCCCUCCUGAGUUCAAGUUCACAAAGGCAAAGAAGUCUUCUUCUUCCAUGGUGGCUAACUCUGAUCAGAAUGAUACUCAUUCUGAGUCUUCCCCUUUGACUGAUCCUUUGGCGCCGAUGUUUACCACGGACCAGUAUAACCGUCUGCUGGAGCUCCUCAACAAGGAUGUUCAUGAUUCUGGUGAUGUUGCUACUGCCAACUUUGCAGGUAUGAUUCAUAGUGGUUUACAUGCUUCUAAACGUAAUUCAAUUACUUGGAUUCUUGACACUGGAGCUACUAACCAUAUGUUGUCUAGUUUUGAAUGCUUGAGUAAUCCUGUUGCAUGUACCUCACGAUUUGUUCAUCUCCCGAAUGGUAAAACCCGGGCUAUAACACAUAUUGGUUCCUAUUGGUUUAAUUCCUCUCAUUGUUUACAAAAUGAUCUCUUCAAUGACAAGAUGCUGGGGAUUGGUAAGAAACAAGGGGGCUUGUACAUUCUUCAUUCUUUUGGUUAUUUUCUUAGUAUUGCUUCUAAGCAUAUGUCAUUGAAUGACUGUAAAUUGGAUUCCUCUGUAAUUUAUUCUUGCUCGGUUUGUCCGUUAGCCAAACAAGUUCGGUUGCCUUUCACAAUUAGUCAGUCUCGGUCUAGUCUCUCUUUUCAUCUGAUUCAUAUGGACUUAUGGGGUCCAUACAAAAUUUCUACUCAUAGUGGCCAUAGUCAAUUUGAGGCUUCUAUAAAAAUCGUUCGUAGUGAUAAUGGGUCUGAAUUUUUCAGCAAAGGUUGUUAUUCUCUUUACUCUUCUUUUGGUAUUGUUCAUCAGUCCUCUUGUGUUGAUAUUCCUCACCAAAAUGGGGUCUUUGGUUGCUUGGGUUAUGCUACUGUCACUAAGCCUCGUGAUAAAUUUUUCCCUAGAGCUAUUCCUUCGGUUUUUAUAGGAUACUCGGAUACUCAAAAGGGUUAUUUGAUGUUCAGUCUUGUUUCUAAGACUUUUUUUGUUAGUAGGUUAUUUCCUUCUCAACCUGUUAUACUUGAUUCAGAGUUUUUUAUCACUGACUUGUCUAUAACAGAUGUGCCUUCAGCUCAUAAUAAUCCUUCCAAUUUGUCUUCUCAGCAGUCUCAAUCUAGUUCUAGUGUUGUUGUUAGGAGGUCUUCUAGAGUGUCCAAGCCUCCAUUGUGGUUAAAUGAGUAUGUUUCUUGUCAAUCAUCCACUUCUAGCAAUUAUCCCAUUUCAGAUCACAUUUCUUAUUCUCAUCUUCCAUUCUCCACUCAAUCUUUCCUUUCUUCCACUUAUAUUAUUGAGCCUACUAGUUAUAGUGAUGCCAUUAAAGAUCCUUUGUGGGUUACUGCCAUGCAAGAGGAGAUUCAAGCAUUAGAGUUAAACAAUACUUGGUCUGUAGUUCCUUUGUCACCGGGUAAGGUUCCCAUUGGAUGCAAGUGGGUGUAUAAGGUCAAGUUUUGGUCCAAUGGUGAGAUUGAACUCUACGAGGCACAUUUGGUUGCGAAGGGGUACAAUCAACGAGAAAGUGUGGAUUUUGUUGAAACCUUCUCGCAUGUUGCUAAGCUUGUCACGGUACAAACAGUUUUGGCACUUACCUCUUUGCAAUGUUGGCCCUUGUUUCAAAUGGAUGUACAUAAUGCGUUUCUUCAAGGCAAUUUGCUUGAGGAGGUCUAUAUGCAGUUUCCUCAAGGAUUCUACAGCCAGGGGGAGAACAUGGUGUAUAGGCUGCAUAAGUCUAUUUAUGGCUUAAGCAAGCGUCUAGACAGUGGAACAUGA